AUGUCUGCUCGGCAAGGAGAGGCAAGUGCGCCAGGAAUAACCAGAUGGACGACCAAAAUCCAACGCAUCGGCUGGACUCCGAGUUGGCUCCGGUGGAAUCCCGAUGACAAUCAUGAGCUGACGUGGGGGAUGAAUAUCUGCUUUGGCAUAGCCAGUGCUUUCAGUGUUGCAAACCUAUACUAUACCCAUCCCAUCCUGAAUAUUCUCGCCGACGACUUUGGCGUUUCAGACGAGCGCGCAGCAUUGGUUCCAACCGUCAUUCAAGCUGGCUAUGCCGGCGGCUUGCUCCUCAUCAUACCCCUUGGGGAUAUCCUCCGUCGACGACCUAUGAUCCUCAGCCUGAUAUUCGCAACGGCCAUGAUAUGGCUAGGAUGCACACUCACAGCCUCCUUCUCCGUCUUCCUUGGCCUAUCGUUCUUGGUCGGGCUGCUGACCGUCACGCCACAACUGAUGUUCCCUCUGGCGAUCCAGUAUGCACCACAGCGGCACCGAGCAACCAUGACCUCUGUAGUCAUGUCUGGUCUGGUGUUUGGUAUACUCGUAGCUCGCCUGAUCAGCGGCAUCGUCACUCAGUACACGUCGUGGAGAAACGUGUACUGGUUAGCCUUCGGCCUCCAGAUUGUCAUUUGGGUCCUACUUUUCCUGUUCAUGCCCGACUACCCUCUCUUGCAUCCUGGCACAUCGUACCCCGGGAUUCUGCUGAAGAUCGUGAAGCUGCCUUUCCUCAAGCCUGCCCUUACUCAGAAUUCAAUUAUCGCUUUCCUGGUCAUGGGCAUGUUCACCUCGUUCUGGACGACCCUUACCUUCCAGCUCGCCGAUGUGUUUCACCUGUCCACGUUGGCCAUCGGGCUAUUUGCUCUCAUUGGCAUCUCGCCCGUGCUCCUCAACCCGGUCAUCUCGCGCUUCCUGACGUCUCGCAUACACCCUCACGGUACCCUCAUCAUAGGGCAUCUCGUCACGCUUGCAGCGGUCUGCGUCGGCACCUUCGUCGGCACUUUCUCGUUGGCGGGGCCAGUCAUCUGGGCUUUCAUGGGUGAUCUCGGUAUGAAUACGAUUGUUGUUGCGAAUCGGAUGGCCAUCGCAAACGUCGAUCCCACAGCACAAAACGCAGUGAACUCUGUGUACAUGGUAUUCACCUUCUGCGGACAAUUGUUUGGGACCGCCGUCGGAAACACUCUAUACGCACGGGGUGGAUGGACGAACUCGGGAGCCCUAGCCAUCGCCCAGAUGAUUGCCGCGCUGAUCGUUCUCUUUGCAAGGGGCCCGCACGAGAAGGGCUGGGUCGGAUGGCGAGGCGGAUGGGAUUUGAGAAGCCCUAUCGGUCAGGAGAAGGCCGAGCCUCGGGCUACCCAGAGCGAUGUUGAGGCCAGUACAGAGGAGUCGACCAUCCAGCCAGCUGCAGAGAACGACGAGAAGUCCAGCAACUGA